AUGAGUUAUGAAAUAUUAGCAAACAACGUAAUACGAGUAACUGCUUCAGACGGUUGCUCACACACACCCCCCAACACUACUAUAACAGAAGAACCAGACGGCAGUAUGAAUUACUAUCAUUACUUGCCCACAGAGGAGAAAAAGAAUCACGAUUGGAGAAAAAGGGUAGGACAGCGAUUAGCUGUUAGACUCAAGACGAAUGGAGCCGAAAUUGAUCCGAAUACAGCAGUGUUGGCGAAUUGGCCAAGCGGCUAUAAGCUAUAUGAACAUAGAACCCGAAAGGAUAAUACGCAGAAAAUACGCACUGAUGUUUAUUUGUUCGGUCGCCAUAGAUUCCGAUCUGCCAACGAAGUAGAACCGCACAUCUUCUGGCUAAUAACAGACAAAACAUUUCCAUGCCAAUGUAAAUAUUGCACAAGAAGUAGUACAGUACCCAACACCAAUACUGUAACAACCUCACCCGAAUCAUCGAUAGCCAAAAAGGCAGAACCGGCCACAUUGAAAACAGAAUUAUCAACACCCUUACUGUACAAGCGAUAUUUUGCAUUUCGCACGGGAGAAUUAGUCUGGGUAGACUUGACGGAUAUUGGAGAAGCAGCCUUUACUCCCAUGAUUCGAUGGAAUGAUGGGAAAGUAAGAUAUUGGCCGUCAAUAAUAUGGACUCGCGACAGGCGUAACGACGUAAAGCCGGGUGUUCCUGUCGUACUACGCUAUCAUGUCAAACUACUACGUAUACCCACAUGUAGACGACUCAAAGAAACAUCUCUUAGACCAUGGCUAUCUCACAUUCCGAUGAUUACUCCAGAAGAUGCAAGUCCAUCUCGGAACAACGUAACAGAGCUCAUACUCAAUCAUGAUUACAUAUCUGCCUUCGCUAUAGCUCUAACUGCAGCACGCAAAUACGCGGAGAGCUACGCAGUAGAAUCUCCGUAUCGAUACAAAGAAUCAGAAUAUCGCUUAUUGUCCUCACCUGAUAUUAAGGAAAAACAACGCCUCGAACUGAUGGCUCAAUAUACACAUUACCACUACAUUUGGAUCGGAUCAGAACAUGUGUACGAGGACGAUGUACUUCGUUUGAAACCUGAAUCAGAUGAAAAAUAUUACCUUCGCGUAGCUAGCAUCUACAGACAUCCCGAAAAAGGUAUCCAAUUUACGGGAGAUCUAUAUAAGCGAGGCCAGGCUUUGAAAAAUAUUCCAGAGACAGUGGACGAUUAUUCAUGGAUACCGUUGAAUUCAGAAGAGGAGGAGUUUACAAUUGAUUUAUGCGAUGUCGCCGGAAGAUUUUAUGCUACAUGGCCGGAUAUUGACGGCUUGUCCAGAGCGAGGGAGCUGAUGAGGGUUUAUACGAGGCAGGAGUCUCUUGGCUGCGAUUGGAGGCAGAAUGGUUUUGCCGGUGAAAAUGCCACACCCACUGGACGCACUGCAAAACGAGGCCCAAUGCUGAAGCUCCCUGGUGAAAAGUUAACACGUAAACAUAGGAGAGUAGAUAAAACUGGUGUCAACAGCAGUGACAAAGGCAAUGGAAGUGGAAGUAGGCUUCAACUUGGGAGUGGGAAUAGUAAUGGGACUAACAGCAUGCGCUCCGGAGGAUGGAACGGCAGAAUUAAGUGGGUUUGGGAUGAUGUGGAAAAGAAAGUUAUUGUUAAUCAUGACCGAAAAGGAAAAGGCAAAGAGGUUGCAACAGGGAGUGAAAACGUGGACAGUAGAAAUUUGAUGGUUGAGUGUGAAGUUUGUUCCAUGCCAUAUUCGAAUAACGCGACCAACAGUACGGGAUUGCCACCAACAACCCAAACGUCAUCCAAUUACCUCCCAGCUACGCUCGAAAUACGCACGCUAACCACCGAUGCCACACCGUUCAAGCAACAGGAGAAUAGACGCUUGUUAACUUUCUGGCCGGCCAAGACGUCAACGCUGGUAUCGAACAAACAGGCAUUUGAAAAUUUGGUUACAUUUCUCGGAAGUGGGCAGGUGGCGAUAGCCGAAACAGAAAAACUAUCGGUUAUGAUAAAGGCUUAUGAUAAGCUCCUUCUCGGCGCAAUUCUGUCUCGAUUACCAAAUUCUAAAACACUUCCAUCAUCGUCAUUGGCAGCGCAACCUAUCAUUACUCAACCAACUAUUACUCAAUCCAUCACUAUUCAACCUACCACUACACAACCCAUUGCUGCGCAGUCGACUGCUGUUCGAGCUAUUCCUGCUCAACCCACUGCCACUCGUCCCAUCACUACUCAAUCUACCACUACUCAACCUGCUGCUCGAUCCAUCGCUACUCAAUCCGUUGCCACUCAACGCAUUGCUACGCAACCUAUUGCUACUGAACCCAUUACCACUCAAAUUCCUACCCCAAGUACAUCAAAUAAAAAUGCAGCAGCAACCAUUCAGGCCAAUUGA